GAAGCAGACAAGGAGGCACGGAGGAGGCUGUUUGAGUGUUGGAAUGGGACACUGCUUUGUUCAACAGUAGGGGAGGGCAGACGAGCACAGAGUUGCUUUGCCUGCCAGAAACGCUAAAUACAAUCUGCUAGGGCGGGCUAUCCUGCCUUAUCUUUGUCAAGCUUUGUUGUAACGUGACUCUUAAAUAUUUCUCUUUGCUGGACUCUGAAGAUUUUUUUUAUCGAGGGAUGUCAAAGCGAGUACGAAGCAGAGAGGUCUGCGCUGAUUGCAGUGCUACGGAGCCUCGCUGGGCCUCUGUUAAUAGGGGUGUGUUGAUCUGCGAUGAGUGCUGCAGCAUCCAUCGAGGUCUGGGGCGACACAGCUCUCAAGUUAGACAUCUGACUCAUUCUCCAUGGCCAUCCUCCCAGUUACAGAUGGUCCAGACACUGUAUGGCAAUGGAGCUAAUUCCAUAUGGGAGCAUAGUCUGCUGGACCCUUCUUCUUCAGUGAGUGGGAAGCGCAAAGCCAACCCCCAGGACAGAGUUCAUCCCAACAAGACAGAGUUCAUCAAGGCCAAAUAUCAGAUGUUGGCAUAUGUUCAUCGGAUGCCUUGUCGGGAAGAUGACAGUGUAACCGCAAAAGACCUCAGUAAGCAACUCCAUUCCAGUGUUCGGACUGGAAACCUGGAGACCUGCCUACGUCUCUUAUCUUUGGGAGCCCAGGCCAACUUCUUCCAUCCAGAGAAAGGAAACACCCCACUACACAUAGCAGCAAAAGCAGGACAAAUGUUACAAGCAGAACUGUUGGCAGUUUAUGGAGCUGAUCCCGGGGCCCUGGACUCAAGUGGAAAGACCCCCAUCGAUUAUGCAAGACAAGCUGGGCAUCAGGAGCUGGCGGAGAGGCUAGUGGAGAUACAGUACGAACUCACUGACCGGUUAACGUUUUACCUCUGUGGUAGAAGACCAGAUCACAGAAACGGGCAACAUUUCAUCAUCCCACAGAUGGCAGACAGCAGCCUGGAUUUGUCAGAAUUUGCAAAAGCUGCAAAGAAGAAACUUCAGUCGCUAAGCAACCAUCAGUUUGAAGAACUUGCCAUGGAUGUUUAUGAUGAAGUUGACAGAAGAGAAACGGAUGCAGUAUGGUUGGCCACUCAGAACCACAGCACACUUGUAACAGACACCACAGUUGUGCCUUUUCUGCCUGUCAAUCCAGAGUACUCAUCUACCAGAAACCAGGGCCGUCAAAAACUGGCGAGGUUUAGUGCUCACGAAUUUGCCACCCUUGUCAUCGAUAUUUUAACUGACGCUAAGCGACGACAGUGGGGUAACUCCUGUGAAAGUCCCAAAGACAACGUGGAGCUGAUCCUCCGGGGAAUCGACAGUCGGCAUAACAGUGAGAACCAAGACAACGACCAGCCGGAUUACGACAGUGUGGCGUCUGAUGAAGAUCCAGUGCAAGAGGCCUCGUGUGGGGACAGCUGCAAUGAUAGAAGAACCAAGAGCUCAGAGUCCUCUGACCUCUCCGAUGGACCAAUCACAGUGCAGGAAUUUAUGGAGGUGAAGAGUGCCCUCACCGCAUCAGAAGCCAAAAUACAACAGCUUCUUAAAGUCAACUGUCACCUUAGUGAAGAGCUGCGGUUAAUGCAGAGCAAGCUGAACUCCCUGCAGACUGAAAACUCAACACUGCGAUGGCAGACCCCCAGCGGACAACAACACCUCCAGGGGCCCUUUGGUCGACACCAAUCGCGUGGAGGCCGCGCCAUGUCCAUGUAUGAGACGGGCUCUAGUCCGAGGCAGUACCCCCACCGAGUCGAAACGGCCCGGCACGAGGAUGGGGUCAUAUUACAACCCUUCCCAAGCAAUAUUGGGAGGGGUCCUUUGGGGACGGCUGCUUCCUCCCUCCCUACCUUCCCCUCUUCCCUGUCCUGGUCGUGGGAUGAGAGAUCUCGAAGGGGCUGUAGUCUGGAAGGACAGAGUAUCAUGCUGGAAAAUGAUUACGACGCUACGCCCAACCACUCUGAACUGGAGGAGACUGUCAGCCCGGUUCCAGCCCCUGAUGCGGUGGAGCCAGGGGAGGAGGGGGAGGAAGAUGCCACCCUGCCAUGCACAGAGGACGUCAUCUGUAAGACGGAGCAGAUCACUAAGAAUAUACAGGAGCUUCUGAGAGCUGCCCAGGAGACCAAACAUGAAAGUUUCCUGCCUUGUUCAGAAAAGAUCUGUAUGGCUGUGACAGAGAUGGCUGCCCUGUUUCCCAAGAGGCCGUCCUCGGAGACUGUGCGAGGGUCUCUGUGUCUGCUCACUUCGAGCGCCAGCCGGCUCCACGGAGAGUGCCAGAAGGCGGCAGAGCACAAUCCCUGCCCGUCGGACAUCCAGCUGGUCACUCAGCAGGUCAUCCAGUGCGCCUAUGACAUUGCCAAAGCUGCCAAACAACUUGUCACUGUGACAACCAAAGAAAACAACAACUAAUUAAAAUUCCAAAGACAUUCCUGAUAUACUCAAAAUAUAGUUUAUCAAUCAAGUUGCUAAUUUCAGCUUAGUCAGUGUUAACACCAUUUUUUUUUUGUUUCCCCAUAUUAAUCAGUGCAUUCUAACACAUUCCUCGAGGUGGGAAAAUUAAAAAAAAUAAAACAAAAAUAAAGAAAGAAAAGAUGCACCAUGAAAAAUUACAGAUAAAUCAAAAUAUUUAUUUAUUUUGUUGUUUUUGUAUCGUGGUAAUACAGCAAACUUUAAAGAUGUAGGAUAGAAUCUGCACCUUUACCUCAUAAAUAGAGAACAAUUUGCACACCAUUUCCAAAUGUUGUGUAUAUAUAAAACAAUAACAACAACAAGCAGUUGUACAUUGUACUUUUCUGCUAGAGGUCAUCAGUUGUGGUCCUUAAGGUCGUGUGUGAGGCUUGUCUGAACAGCCAGAGAGGACAAAAGACACCUAGCAUCAAGGAUCGGAACAGAUGAAGCUUAAUGUACACCACUGACAUCAGUCCGUUGUCCUCUAACCACUUCAAAUGUUUUUAAGGUGCAAUGACAGUAUUUCACUCUUGAAUCAUUGUGAUGCCGCUUGCUUAGAGUUCAGAUGUUUGUUUAGCAAGCAAACUGUGAUUUAUAUAUAUAAAAAAAAAAAAGCUUCAGUGCAUCGAGCACCGCGUAAGGCCAGCAGUAGGAAGAGUGUGCAAACUCCCAUUCCAUCCAGCAGCUGCAGCAGGUGUUUUCACUGUUCAAGUCCCUCCAUUCUGGUUGAAAAUGUGUUUAUAAGUAAAGUAUCAGUAGUUUUUGGAGUUAUGUUACAGCCAUACUUCUGAUGUUGUGUGUGUGUGUGUGUGUGUUUGUGUGAGAAAGAGAGAGAGAGAUGGCCUUGAUGGCCCGCGUGAAACCGUUUUGAAUCAAUUUUAAUAGCAUUAUGCAAAUAUAUAAGAUGUAUGUAUCCAUGUAAUUCUUUAUCAAAAUAACCCAAAUGCUAUUCUAUUUAUAAACUGUAUGUCAUACCUCUAACGAAGUAUCAGUGUUUAUUUUCAUAAGCUUUUGUUAACCAUGAUGCUCCUCACAGACUAACUUUUGUUCUGAGGUUCAGGACGUCUCAGCUGGCAGUAAAGUUGUAGGCAACUUGUGAUCUUUGUUUAUUUGGUGUGGUGCUGUAACUCCAGUGUGUUAGAUGCUGCCUGUGGUCAAAUACACCUAUGGUUUACAAUCACUGAUAAAGUAAAUGUGCCCUCUGUUAGAGUACCUGUUGUAGAACUUGGGUCUAAUAUGUCACUUCUUGUUGUAAAGCCAGAUAAGUUUCAACCAGGGGUGGACAGAGAACGAGAAUACCCUGUACAAGUGGGAUACACAAAAUUCUGUAUUACUUUGUUAAAAGGGAUAUUACUGGUGUUGGACAGUAUUCAGUGAAGAGUACAGAGUUUAUCCUUUGACGACAGUAGCAGUUAUUUGUGUCAUCUUCUAAUUACGAACGAGCCAGUGCUAUUGUGACCAUUUUACUAUGAAUGUCCAGCCUCUCUCCCCUGAGCAAUUUAUAUCUAUUUCAGUGAUCAUUUCUAAAAUGGGUUAUUAGAAAGUUUUCUCAGUAAGAAGCCUGCGGAGGUAAAAGAGGUUUAAAGUAAACAUCAGCACUGGAUGUCAUAGAUAAUUAUUAAAACAUUUCAAAAAUCUUAACUGUUUUUUUUUUUAAUUGGACAAAAUAAAAGGUUUUACUCAAGGUCCUCAUUUUGUGCCAUGUCAACUAGAUUUAAUGGUAUAGGAUUUAUAUUUAUAUGUAUAUAUAUAUAUACUCCUUUUUUAAUGUUCUUUCCUGUUAUGGUCAUGCAGAUUGUGUUGGGAUUAGCCAGCAGAUACUUUCCCCUUCCCCCCCACUGAAACAUUGUUUUUAAUGAAAACCUAUGCAACAGUUCCCACAGAAUAAUCCUUCUAUGUGAUGGAACAGUAGCUCAACUCCUGUGCGUUAUGGACCAUGAAACCAGUGCUCAUAUCAGAUGUAUUCAGGCUGUUUUGGCAAAAACAAAC